AUGACAUGUCGCGAACGGAGAACACGCCGAGCGGGCAUAUUGCUGUUGCAUUGCAGUACAUAUACCUCAAUGCCAGCACUGAUGUACACCUCAACGCCACGGAUCGCUUCUGCUCUCAGGUCGACGUUCACAAAACCAAUUGCACGAGGCUUCACAUCACAUACAUCCCUCAAGAUGCCGGAGAAAGUCAACGACCUCGACGCCUCCCGCGAUCCAUCUGUUGCGAAGCAGUAUGACGAUAAGUCCUCUGCAGAGACCAAGUUCCAGGACUUCUACAAGAUCGCAGAUGAUCGUAAGAUCUGCAUGAUGGUGACAUAUCGCAAUGGCAUUGGCCCAGUCUCCCGCUCAAUGGCAGUAGCGAAGAGGACCGGCCCCGACUUCCUUUUCCUUGCCAAUGCCAGCAGCAAGAAGUUCGACGACUUGAAGAACAAGGAAACGUGCUUGAUCUUCCACGAUUCCAACGAGAACUGGAUCUCGGUCACUGGAGAGGCAGUGACCACCUCGAACGACGACCCACGCAUCAAGGAGAUUUACUCGAAGCCUGUGAGCGCAUGGUUUGGUGAUCUUGGCGAUGGCGUACACACGGGUGGUCCAGAGGACCCUAGGAUGAAAUUGAUUGAGAUCAGAUCGAAGUAUAUCUCUUACUGGAAGAAGACCACCGGUGCUCUCGCUACUGCCAAGGAGAUUGGUGGUGCCGCGCUGACUGGACGUGUUGCGAAUACUGGAGACUUGCGGGAGAUGAAAGGGGACGAGAUUGCCCAAGCUCGGAAGAGGGACAGCCCUAUGAGCAAACAGACACUCGAUUAG